AAUUCAACGUUUUGGCCCCUUACUUAUCCAUAGACAACCCACCAAUCACCAUAUCACCGUUCUCCAACAUACUUUCUGAAUUUUCCUUCUAUUCUAAAUAUCAAAUUCCUAUGCAUUGAUUCAAACCAAAUACUAAAUGCUUUUACAAACCCAAAACAAUAAACCGAACAAAAUGGCACAAAAUCUGACAAGAUCAAAUCUUUUUGUAACGUUCUUGUUCAUUCUGUCAACUUUUUUCUUCAGAAUUUCAACUUCUGGAACUGAUAUACAACUGGGUUCUUCUCUUUCUGUUUCAAAUCUUAACCGAACAUGGUCUUCUCCAAACAACACUUUUUCUCUUCGUUUCAUCUCUCUAAAUUCUUCAUCUUUUUCCCUUUCCAUUACUUAUGAUUCUGUUGCAAUUUGGUCAAUUUCCACUACAGUUGAUGCUGGAGCUACUUUCAGUCUGUUGUCAAAUGGAAAUCUUCAACUACUAUCUGGUGCUGGAAGUGUUAUGUGGCAAUCAAACACUUCAAAUUCUGGAGUUUCUCAUGCUACCCUUGAUGAUUCUGGUAAUUUCUCCCUCAAAAAUAGGUCAAAUUUUGUUAUCUGGUCAACUUUUGAUCAUCCAACUGAUACAAUUGUCCCAUCACAAAAUUUUACAGUUGGGAUGGUUUUAUCAUCUGGGUCGUACUCAUUUUUUCUUAAUAAAACUGGCAACUUGUCUUUAAAAUGGAAUAAUGAUAUUCUGUAUUGGAGUUUAGGGUUGAAUGAUUCUGUUAGUAGUAAUGUUAGUAACCCUACAUUAGGACUUCAAUCAAUCGGUAUUUUGUCACUUUAUGAUGAUAAAUUUACUAGUUCUGUGAUAAUGGCUUAUGGAAGUGAUUAUGCUGAAUCUGGUGAUAUUUUGAGGUUUUUGAGGUUGGAUAAUGAUGGAAAUUUGAGAAUAUAUAGUUCUGCCAAAGGUAGUGGGAACGUUAUUGUGCGGUGGACUGCUGUCAAUGAUCAAUGUCAAGUUUUUGGGUAUUGUGGGAACAUGGGAAUUUGUAGUUACAAUGAUUCUGGCCCUGUAUGUGGAUGCCCAUCAGAGAAUUUUGAUCAUGUCGAUCCGAAUGACAAUACGAAAGGGUGUAAGUUGAAGAGGGCGGUUGCAGAUUGUCCUGAGAGUGUGGCGAUGUUGCAGAUGGAUCAUACCAAGUUCUUAACAUAUGCUCCUGAGACGAGUAAUGUUUAUUAUGUGGGUAUUUCGGAGUGUAGAGGAAAUUGUCUUUCAGGUGGUUCUUGUGUAGCUUCAACUAUUUUGGCUGAUGGGUCAGGGCAGUGUUAUAUUAAAACCUCAAAUUUUGUUAGUGGCUAUCAGUCAGCUGCUCUUCCUAGUACAUCAUAUGUUAAAGUUUGUAACCCGAUCAUACCGAACCCUCCUCCGUCGGAGCAAGGUGGAGAAAGAAAGAAGCUACAAGGCUGGGUUGUUGCUGUGGUUGUUUUAGGGACUCUCGUAGCUUUGAUAGUCUUAGAGGGAAGUGUGUGGUGGUGGUGUUGUAGAAAGAGUCCUAAAUUUGGAGGUUUGUCGAAUCAGUACGCCCUUCUUGAGUAUGCAUCCGGUGCUCCUGUGCAGUUUUCUUAUAAAGAGCUGCAGGAGGCUACCAGAAAUUUCAAGGAGAAGCUUGGUUCUGGAGGCUUUGGGGCUGUCUACAAGGGGAUACUUGCAAAUAAAACAGUUGCUGCAGUGAAGCAGCUUGAGGGUAUUGAACAAGGGGAGAGACAAUUUAGAAUGGAGGUAGCUACCAUAAGUAGCACCCAUCAUUUGAAUUUGGUUAGGUUAAUAGGGUUUUGCUCUGAAGGGAAACACAGGCUUCUGGUUUAUGAGUUCAUGAAAAAUGGCUCACUUGAUUGUUUCCUGUUUAGUACAGAGGGUGACCAAUCAUCGAGAGUUUUAAGUUGGAAACAACGGUUCGAUAUUGCCCUUGGAAUUGCACGGGGAAUGACUUACCUUCAUGAGGAAUGCCGGGAUUGCAUUGUACAUUGUGAUUUGAAGCCUGAGAACAUUCUCCUAGACGACUACUACAGUGCUAAAGUUUCAGACUUCGGGCUUGCAAAGCUCAUAAAUCCAAAAGAUCAUAGGUACCGCACACUCACCAGUGUGAGAGGUACAAGGGGAUACUUAGCCCCUGAAUGGAUUGCCAACCUUCCUAUUACCUCAAAGUCUGAUGUUUUCAGUUUUGGCAUGGUGUUGUUGGAGAUAGUAAGCGGGAGAAGGAACUUCGAUGUAUCUAACGAAACAAAUGGAAAGAGGUUCUCAAUUUGGGCGUACGAAGAGUUUGAAAAGGGGAAUGCGAAAAACAUAGUUGACACCAAGCUUAGGGACUGUGAAGUGGAUAUGGAUCAAGUUAUGAGAGCCAUUGAAGUUAGCUUUUGGUGUAUACAAAAGACAGCGACACAAAGGCCUAUGAUGGGAAAAGUAGUGCAGAUGCUUGAAGGAAUAGUGGAGAUUGAAAAGCCCACCAUACCAAACGUUGCCUCUGAGGGUUCAAUGAGCGGCAGUGUUAGUGCUUUUUCCACUUUGGCGACUUCUGCCCCAAAUCCGUCAUCAUCUUCUUCAUUCCAAACUACUCCACUAACUCAACCUUGAGCCGCCUACUUCAUCUCUUUCAAAGUGAGAUCAACUAAGAUCCAUAUCCAUAUAAUUAAAACAUUAGCAUUAUCUCUUCUUAUAGUAGCCUAAGUCUCAUGAUUAUAGCCUAAAUCCAAUCCUUCAUUUUUCCAAGCUUUCUUUCCUUGUUGCUUUUCUUUCUUUAUGUUGCUGAGCCAAGAGAAUUUAGGCCCGAUUUUGUCUAUGCUAUGGACCCAAUUAUUUGACUAAAAAUCCUAUUAAUAUUAAAUGAUGA